AUGUCCAGUCAUACCCGUAGAAGUCCCACAAGUCCAUACUCGACCAUCCAUCAUAAUAAUGGCAUGAACAAGAAGUCGCCUUUGACUCUUCUUGAGAAUCAUUCAUCAUCUUCCUAUUUAGGAAAGAAGAAGAUGAUGACGAUAGAGAAUACAAACAUCCGACCCAUUCAUUCGAAUACUACCACUACAAGAAACAGCAACACGACCAUGACGACACCCAUUCAUCCUUCUCCUUUGCUUUGCUCUACCACCCACAAGAAGAAGAAUAGUGGAAACAACAAGCCUUCUUCUUCUUCAUCAUCAUCCUUCACUUCUUCAAAUCGUGCCAUUUCGGAAAUACUCUUUUCAUCCCCUACUCGAGGAGGCAAUCACUCUUCUUUAUCAUCAUCAUCGUGUUCUUCUUCUUCUGUGAGCAGUGGUACAACCACCACUCCGACACAUCCAACCAAGAACAAGUUGUACUACAUUGGUACAAAAGCAGAUCCUUCUUUGUCUUUCUCUUCUUCUACAGGCUCCAAAGCAUCAUCACCACCACCAUUGAAAUCGUCCUCUUCUCUUUCCGUAAUCACACCCUCAAAUAUACAGAAUCACAAGUCUUCCUUCAUUAAGGAGGAAGAGCUUCGUAAUGAAGAAGAGGAAGAAGAGUCAUACUCUUUCUCCUCCUCCUCCUCAUCCAGCCGAAUCCUGGAAACGAUUAAAACGUACAAUCGAAUUGAUUCCCUCAUUGAGAUGCAGGAUGAAGGUUUGAAAAUUUUGAGAUCUUAUUUGAGACAACGACAAAAUGAAGAAUAUUUGCUUUAUUUGGAAGUGACACGAGAAUAUAAAAAGAAGAGAGAAUUGAGAAAGAAUGAAGAUUCUGACUUAUUAUUACUAUUAGAAGAGUUUGAAAAAGUUUAUCAAGAAUUUUUGAACUUUGAAAGUGUCACCUGUAUGAAUAUUCCUGCAGGUUUGAGAGAACAAUUUGUAAAUGUUUGGAUUGAGAAAGGAACUCGAUGUAAAGAUUUAGAAAUGCAACGACCGACAACCAGCAGUAAUACCACAUCUAUCAAAGCAACCAAUCACACAGGUACAGAAGAGACUGAAAACAAUGAUGAAGAGAGUGAAAAUCUUGGGGCCUGUUCACCUUCGUCACUCUUGUCAAAUACAUUAUCCAUCACAACACGUCCAAGAACUAUCUCACCCGAAUUGGCUCAAAAGAUGAGAAAGUGUUUGGAUGAUUUGUUCAUUUCUGUUCAAAUUCAAUUCAAGAAUGAAAUUAUGCCACAUUUCAAAAAAACAGAAGAAUUUAAAACAUUCCUUCUUACAAAGCUCAUCGAAUUGAGUUCUCAACCUCAACAAGCUUCCGAAUCCCAAACUUGUUUCUCACUUUCACCAGGAAAAGUUUUGAUUCAAGAUUUUUUGACACAAAAUGGUGAAUUGUCAGAAUAUUGUAAAGCCUUUUCAAAAAAGAAUUUGAUCACCAUGGAACAAAUCAGAAAUUUCACUUCUGAUGAUUUUCGUGACAAGAUUGGAAUUAAGAAAAUUGGUCACUUGAAACGAAUGGUCAGACUCACCAGAGAACACUUCAUGCAUGAAUAA